UUCUUUGUAGUUGUUGCAAGAUAAAAAGAGGCAUGGAAAUUGAAGCUGACGAGGCAGUGAGGAUAGAUUUAUUCAAUAAUGCCAUGGAAGGCAAAUGGGAUAAGGUGGUGAAAAUAUACCAGGACGUGCCCUGGGCCAGCAAAGAAAAGAUCACUACAAGUGGAGAAACCGCACUGCAUAUAGCCAUCUCUGAUUGCAAAGAAGAUGUUGUUGAAAAACUACUGGAGACUGUAAUUGGUAUCAGUGCGGAUGUUCUACGUAUACAAAAUGCGAAAGGGAAUACCCCUCUCCAUUUGGCAGCUUCAAUUGGAAAUGUUUCAAUGUGCAGAACCAUUGCUGGUCGCUAUCCAGAAGCGUUAGGUGUUCGCAACAAAGAACUAGAAACUCCUCUCUUCUUGGCUGCUCGCCAUGGUAAGAUCAAAGUUUUCUUUUGCCUGCUAGAAGCAUCUACAGUCGCUCGCAUUGAAAGAGAGAAUUAUCUCCCUUAUCGGAACAAAAAAAGUGAAACAGUUCUUCACUGUGCCAUCACUGGAGGACACUUCAAAUUGGCAUUUGUAAUAAUUCAACUGUAUGAAGAUCUUGUUAACCUGUUCGACGAGAAAGGAUUCAGCCCUCUCCAUCUAUUAGCAGAUAAGCCUACUGCAUUCAGAAGUGGAACUAAACUCAGCCUGAUUGAAAAAAUCAUUUAUCCAUGUAUAUUUGUCCCAGACUUCUACCACCCACUGAUUUCUGGAGAUGAUAAGAACUCCCAGAACCAAACACAUGACAAGUACAAGAGAGAAACACCAGAAGUAUCCAGAACCAGUACCAAGAACCAGCCAACAGCUAAGGCAGAGAACCGUCAACAGCACAUUGAAGAAGGGCAAUGUAGCAUCCGAGUUGGCAUGAAGGAAGAAGGAAUGAUGCUGGGGAGGCAAUAUCCACCAAAUUAUGAUACUUGCUUCAAUUUCAUUAAGCUUCUAAUCAAAGCAAUGCUGAGUAUCCUAGUUUUGGGGCUGGGGCCAAAUUAUAGAGACAAGAUACGCAAGAAGAAAGAGAGUAACAUUUGGGCUGCUAAGGUGAUGAACAUUUUACUUGAGAAGACUAAAAGAUAUGAGUAUGAUACAACUGGAAAGAAUCCCAGGUACGAGGAAAGGCAAAUGCCUUAUGGUACAAAAAAGGAGGAAGAAAAAGAGAAGAUACAAGAUUCAGAUACCCUUUUGCCACCCCAAAUACCUGAAGAAGGUACUUCCGAGACAAACGGGGGACACCAGGAAAGGUUGGAGGAAGGUAAGUUCUCCACACAAAAUGAGGAAGGAAUAGAGAAGAUACAAGUUUCACUUACCAUUUUGCCACGCAAAAGGCCUGAAGAAGGUACUUCCAAGACAAACAGGGGACAGCAGGAAAGGUCGGAGGAAGAUCCCAGUUGGGCUCUUCUGCUCAGAAUUGGUAAAGCCGGCCUCUCUGCUGAUCCAAUAUUUGUAGCAGGUAAAGCUGCCAAAAAAUUGGAUGAUAAGCUUCAUGAGCUCGAUUUGGAAACCAAGAAGAAAAAUGAAGAGGUGGAAAGGUUGCCGACGCCCAUAUUAAUGGCGGCAAAGAAUGGUAUAAGUGAAAUGGUGGAGAGCAUCCUUAACUUUCACCCCAAGGCCAUUCAUGAUAUUGACUCAGAGAAGAAGAAUCUGGUGCUAUUGGCUGUGGAGAAUAGGCAUCCCCAUGUGUUUCAGCUCUUACUGAAGAAAAAAAUUCUGAAAGACACUGUAUUUGGUGCAGUGGAUAAUAAUGGGAAUAGCGCAUUGCAUCUUGCCGCAAUGUUUAGAGGCGAUCAUCCUUGGCCUAUUCCUGGUGCUGCAUUGCAAAUGCAAUGGGAAGUCAAGUGGUACCAGUAUGUGAAGCAAUCCAUGCCCCCAAAUUUCUUCCCUAUCCACAACGAAAAAAAGGAGUCUGCGAAGCAGAUUUUCACACGUGAACACCAAGAUCUGGUGAAAAUGGGUGGAGAAUGGCUGACUAGCACCGCUACUUCAUGCUCGGUGGUGGCUACGCUCAUUGCAACCGUGGCCUUCGCCACAUCUACAGCGGUACCAGGCGGCACCAAGGAAGGGAGCGGAAAACCCAUUCUUGAGCAGCAGCCAGCCUUUCAUAUCUUUGCUAUUUCAUCACUCAUUGCUCUUUGCUUUUCAGUCACCUCCACUGUCAUGUUUCUUGCCAUUCUCACAUCUAGGCGUCAGGAAAAAGAUUUUGCCCAAGAUUUGCCGAGAAAGCUUUUGCUAGGACUAACUUCACUUUUCAUAUCCAUAUUGUCUAUCUUGGUCACUUUCUGCGCAGGCCACUUCUUUGUGCUCAGAGACGAAUUCAGAAUUGCUGCAUUGCCAGUAUAUGCUGUGACGUGCCUGCCAGCAACAUUUUUUGCUGUUGCCCAGCUACCAUUAUACCUUGAUCUCAUAUGGGCUACUUUUAGCAAGGUGCCACAAGCUUGUUUGGAUGAUACAUAGGGUUUCAUGAUUUUUAAUUUCUAUUCCUUAUCUCAUAUGGUGAUUUAUCCCCCUGUUUCGUUGAUUCCUAGAAUAGCCAUCCUUUUGAUGGUCAGGAGUUUGGUUCCAGUUUCUUUUCUGUGGUCUCGCUUUGUUCAUUGAAACUUCACAAAUGAAAUUGACAUUAUUCUGCUUUGU